UUAUUUGGUUGAGUAUAUGUGGGCCCACAUUGGCAACCAAUAGAUGUAUAUUUUUUAAUGUAUUUGAGACAAUUUAAUUUUUAUUCGGCUUAUAAACUAUGAUAUAUUUGUUUGGUUGUGAAACUAUAUAAGAUGUUUGUAUUUUGUUUGAAUUGUGUAAACUAGGGUUAAAUUUUCAUAUAUUUGAAAAUGACACGGGAGGCCGGCUGCCUGAACAAAAAUGCGUCCGCGCGUUGAGUGCAUGGCCGAGCCAAACACAAAAGGGGGCGAACGACCAGCUGCAUCUGCCACCAUUGUCAGAACCGUGGCUCGUCGGCUGGUCUCGGUGGAGACACGCGAACGACGAUGAGCCAAGGACACGCGGGCGAGCUUGAGGCUCGGGCAUGCGAGUCUGUUUCUUUCCUUUUUCUUAACGCAGGUAAGGCACCAUCAAGCGUCAAAUUUUUAUUCAAUUCAUCGACAGUGUACAACAUGAAUUACAUAACCCUGCUCAUGAAAAUCAAGAAAGGAUUGCAGAACAGGGCAAGCAGCUUCAGUAUGAGCAGAAUGAGUACAACUAGAAAUAUGUUCUACUCUCGAGUUGAGAACCUCAUGAGCAUAAUUAUGAGCAAUUUCAUUGUUGUUUCUGAAGAUGUGGAAGACAACAGUAAGAAUGUGAGAAGUGGCUUGUAGGAAAGUGUUAAUCGGUUGUGUGCAUCUCCAGGUGAUGUUCAUUGAUGUCUCUUGAGGCCGUCAUCUUUGCCCAAGGAGGGGUUAUCCAUGAAGAAUGGAACCUGCUUGAAUUGAAGCCUGCAAGCAAUCUUAGCAGCAAACUGGAGACCAGAAGCUUCAACAAUGAGCGAUGAUUGGAUCGGGUUAGUAGAUGCUUGAAUCAUGAUUUCUCGAUUUGACUGGGUUCAGGAAUUUGGAUGUGUACUCCAAUGCCAGUUUCUGGACAAUUUCUCCUAUCUGGGAUAUUUCCUUUUUGCCAAGAAGCAUCAGAGAAUAUAUUGGUACCUGCAAUUGCUAAAUUUGAGCCUUGUUGAAUAUAUUUCGGCCCUGAGAGAGAAUAGCAGAAGAAUCCUUCGGGGAAGGAUCAGCUGGACUACUUGGUUGGUCUUGCUCCUGAUGAUGCAUGUCUUGAGCCGAAAGUAUAGCAUACGCUGCCUGAUGAACUUGAUGGGGGCGAGAGUCUUUCCUGUUUUUUCAAAGACACCACAGAAAAGUGAGUCUUUCCUGUCUUUUCAAAGACACCACAGAAAAGUGAAAAUGUUAGGUAUAGAGGCAUGCGAGGUGCCCGUUUUUGUGAAGGGAAGUCACCCUGACUUCGCUUCUUAGUGCGCGCGAACCUAUGCUAUUUAUUCUGCUUCUCUCCUUUGUUGUAGCGGCGCGUGCUCCUGGCUUUGCACUCUCCGGGGGGCGGGACAACUGACCAGUGCGAAACCGUCGGCGAGGUGCGCGCGGCGAGGAUGGCUGAGAAGAAGCCGAGGAUUGUCAUAGUGGGCGCGGGCAUAGCCGGACUCUCGGCGGCGCAGCAGCUAUGCGGCGCGGGCCGGGACAAGUUCGAGGUGGUGGUGGUGGAGGCUGGCUGCCGCGCUGGCGGCCGAGUAUACACGUCCGAGUUCGCCGGCCAUCGUCUCGAGAUGGGCGCUACGUGGGUGCAGGGCAUCGUCGGGAGUCCCGUGUACGCGAUGGCGCGGGAAGCAGGCGCGCUCCGGGAGGAGGCCGCAGACCUCCCGUACGAGCGCAUGGACGGGUUCCCUGACAGCGUCCUGACUGUCGCCGAGGGAGGCGACGUCGUCGACGCGGACACGGUGGCCAAGCCGAUCGAGGACCUGUACAGGGGCAUGAUGAAGGCCGCCCGUGCCGGUGAGGCUGUCGGCGGAGUGGGAGUGGAGGAAUACCUGCGCCGGGGGCUGCGAGCGUACCAGGCGGCGCGCCCGGUCGGUAGCAAGGAGCUGGAGGAGGUCGAGGAGGCUCUGCUUUCCAUGCACAUCAACCGGGAGCGCACGGACACCUCCGCCGAUGAUCUCGGCGACCUGGACCUCGCGGCCGAGGGCGAGUACCGCGACUUCCCCGGCGACCACGUCACGAUCCCCAGCGGAUACACCCGCGUGGUCGAGCACCUCGUCGCCGCGCUCCCGCCCGGUACUGUCCGCCUCGGCCUCGGCCCCCGUCGUCUCGAGUGGGGCGAAACCCCCGUGCGCCUCCACUUCGGCGAUGAGGCGACGACGACGCUCACCGCUGACCAUGUCAUCCUCACAGUCUCGCUGGGCGUCCUCAAGGCGAGCAUCGACGAGGACGUGUCCGCUACGGGCGCAAUCGCCUUCGACCCGCCGCUCCCAGAGUUCAAGCGUGAGGCCGUCGCGCGGCUGGGAUUCGGUGUCGUGGACAAGCUGUUCGUCGAGGUGGAGGCCGUGGAGACGCCGGAGCUGGACGGCGGCGACGAGCAGCUAGCCAGUGCGGCCCCGCCGGCUUUCCCGUUCCUGCACAUGGCGUUCCUCGGAGACGCGGCGAAGAUCCCGUGGUGGAUGCGCGGCACCGAGUCAGUCUGCCCCGUCCACGCGGGCUCCACCGUGGCGCUCGCAUGGUUCGCCGGGCGGGAGGCCACGCACCUCGAGUCGCUCCCCGACGACGAGGUCAUCCGCGCGCUCCACUCCACGCUGGAAUCAUUCCUCCCGGCCCCACCUCGCCGCUGCAGCGGGGCAGCCGCGGGGGCGACCCCACGGUGGAGGGUGAAGAGAAUCAAGAGGAGUGGGUGGGCGACGGACCCGCUGUUCCUCGGGUCCUACAGCUACGUCGCCGUCGGGUCAAGCGGCGAGGAUCUCGAUCGGAUGGCAGAGCCGCUCCCAAGCGGGCCGGAGGCCGGUGGGACGCCGCUGAGCGUGCUGUUCGCCGGUGGGACGCCGCUGAGCGUGCUGUUCGCCGGCGAGGCGACGCACCGGACGCACUACUCGACGACGCACGCGGCCUACCUGAGCGGCGUACGGGAGGCCGACCGGCUGCUGCAUCACUACCGCUGAGAUUUGUUUUGGAUUUUUCCCUAGACGGCGAUCCGCGAUCUGAGGCAAAUUUGACAAUUUUGACCUGGAAACGAAAUAAAUUCACAGAAUGA